AAAUAAACCUUAGAAGCUUGGUUUAUUUGCAUAUUUAAAUUAGACGUCACGAGCAAAAAGCUAUUUUCCUCUCUUUCCCACAAACCGAAUUAAAUGAUUUUUUGCUGUAUUUUAUAAACCUCUUCUCACCAAACAAUUUCAAAAUCAAACAAAAGCUGAUUUUAGACUUUUUCAAAUGUCAAAAGUGAAAUCUCUGUAUACUUUGUGAUCAGAACAUCUAAUAAAAGAACAUUGAUCCGCAUUCAAGGCGGUGUAUACCCUGUGGCUCGAGGAUCUGUAUUAGCGACGAAGUUAGACAUUAUAGUAAAGGCGGAGAUCAGAAGCUACAGAAAAAGUGUCUGACAAUCUUCAGGUGGCAAAUUAAGGGUUAAACUCAAGAAAAUUCGCUUUCGAAUGGUUUGAAAAAAAUGUUAUGAAUGUUUUCAUCAAUAAUGACAGUCAAAUGACUGGUAAAAUGACCGUCACUGUUGCGGUAGAGGGUUGCAUUUUCUGCAGUAAAAAUUAUUGUUGUUGCCAUUGUUAAAAAAAAUUUAUAAACUGACUAACAAACAAGAUGUCCAGUAUCAAUAGAACACAACUCCUGCGCUUGGUUAAAAAUGUUAACCAGCAAAUAAGAAACAACAGUUCGUUUGGUGCCACAAAAGCUGAGAAUAAAGUCAAACAAUUUCAAACAAAACAUUUUGAAGAAAUUCAAAUACCCGUACCCUGGGGACAUAUAGCGGGGAAAUGGUAUGGUCCCAAACAUGAACGUCCUCUUGUGGGUCUUCAUGGUUGGCAAGAUAAUGCUGGUACCUUUGAUACUUUGGCUCCUUUCUUGCCUUCGAAUAUGUCAUUUCUAGCUUUGGAUAUGCCGGGUCAUGGACACUCCUCUUGGCUACCCAUGGGCAUGAAUUAUCAUUCGUUGGAUUAUGUCAUUUUGAUAAGACGUAUAAUGGAAGAAUUUAAAUGGGAUAAAAUCUCCUUAAUGGGACAUUCGAUGAGUUCCAUUAAUUCAUUUGUUUUCACCGCCUUACUUCCCGAUAAAGUGGACAUGUUAAUCGGUUUAGAUGUGUUAAAGCCUUUAACGCGAUCUGCCAACAAAAUUAUAGAUAAUUAUGCCGAACGUAUUGAUGGAAGUCUUAAAGUGGAGCGUAGGAUUCGCGAUAAAACAGAACCGCCUUGUUACGAAUGGGAUCAGUUGGUGGAGCGUUUGCAUAUGGGUACUGAUAAAUCGGUGGAUUUGGAGACUUGUAAAUUUUUGUUGCAGCGCAAUACAAAACCUUCAGAACAUGAACCCCACAAAUACUAUUUCUCGCGUGAUAGUCGCCUGAAAACCUCUCUAUUUUAUGCAUUUUCUCAAGAUGUUCCUGUGCAAAUGGCCAAACGUAUUAACUGUCCUCAUUUGUUUAUUAAGGCUCUACAGGGACCCUACUAUGAGAAAAAGGAAUAUUACGAUCAAGUGUUAAGCAUUUUAAAACAUAAUCCUAAAUUUGAGUACCAUGAAGUAGAUGGUACCCACCAUGUUCACCUUAACGAACCAGAGAAAGUAGCGAAAAUUAUUAAUUCAUUUUUACACAAAUAUAAAUUGUAAGCAAUAACAUGAGACUGGAGAACAAGGAUAUAGUACUUGUAUUAAUGUUAAAAGAAUAAGUUUUAGGUUUUUUUUUGUUUUUUAGUUUUUAUUAACAAUAAUAAAAAUGUUAUUUAAUUUAUACAUUGACCGAAAA